UCCGUCAGAUUGUGUUGAUGUUUUGUGGAGUGGACGGGCUGGAGGAGAACGGGAAGAGGGAGACGCGUUUUGUUUUUGUUCAACUAAGCCGUCGAAAAGAAGCCGAGUCGCCGCUUCUGUCGUCCGUUUCGGUUCGCUAAGAGCCUUAGCUCGGUGAUAAGAGCCCAGCGGCCGGGUCGGAGGGCGAACAGACCGCAGCAUUUGAUCCAGAAAGGGAGGACUCGUCACCCUCUGACCCCCUCCCUGCCUCCCUCACACACAGACACCACCAUGACGAUUCUCCCGAAGAAGAAGCCCAGCUCCGGGGUCGGCGUGUCGGACCACGCCGAUGACAGCGACCGUCGGAGCGGCUCCGACCCGCACCAGCACCCGCACGCAGGGCGGACCGGAGCCCGACCGAGGGCUUCACCUCCGCCGUGGUCCUACCAACCCGCUCCGCCCUCCGCAAGGGACGACAGGCGGAGCAUCGAGGCGAGCUCCCGGCCGCAGCAGGCCUCUCCGCCGCCCGUCGGCUCCGUGUCCCCGGUAGGGCCGGGCGACGGUCGGGACAGCAGCGGCGGGAUGGUGGCGGGGUCUCGCGGGGAGCUCGUCGUGUCGGCCGGCGUCGUCGGCUGCGGCGGAGGCAUCGGUAGCUGCUGCUCCGGGCCCGGGCUGAGCAAGAGGCGGCGGCAGGCAGGCACCUGCUCCGGCGGGGUGGUGGCGGCUCUGGCCGGCGGAGGCCAGCCCGGGGUGACCGGACCGGGGUCCAGCCAGGACACGGAAGAAGGAGCCGGGAACAACAGCGAGGACGAGUACGAGAACGCCGCUCGGCUGCAGUCCAUGGACCCGGCUACCGUGGAGCAGCAGGAGCACUGGUUUGAAAAAGCUCUGCGGGAAAAGAAAGGCUUCGUCAUCAAGAAGAUGAAGGAGGACGGAGCGUGUCUGUUCAGAGCCGUGGCUGAUCAGGUGUAUGGGGAUCAGGACAUGCACGAAGUGGUCAGGAAACACUGUAUGGACUACCUGAUGAAGAACGCUGACUACUUCUCCAACUACGUGACAGAGGACUUCACCACAUACAUCAACAGGAAGAGGAAAAACAAUUGCCACGGCAACCACAUCGAGAUGCAGGCCAUGGCUGAGAUGUACAACAGGCCGGUGGAGGUGUACCAGUACAGCACAGAGCCAAUCAACACGUUCCACGGCAUCCACCAGAACAACGACGAGCCAAUCAGAGUGAGCUACCACCGCAACAUCCACUACAACUCCGUGGUGAACCCCAACAAGGCCACGAUCGGGGUCGGACUGGGACUGCCCGCCUUCAAACCCGGGUACGCGGAGCAGUCUCUGAUGAAGUCGGCCAUCAAGACGUCGGAGGAGUCGUGGAUCGAGCAGCAGAUGUUGGAGGACAAGAAGAGAGCGACGGACUGGGAGGCCACCAACGAGGCUAUCGAGGAGCAAGUGGCCCGAGAGUCCUACCUGCAGUGGCUGCAGGACCAGGAGAAGCAGGCCAGACAGCCCCGCAAGGCCAGCGCCACCUGCAGCUCGGCGACGGCGGCGGCUUCCAGCGGACUGGACGACUGGAGCGCCCGGUCGCCACGGCAACGCGACUCCGACCCCUCCCACUCCCACUCCGACCUCACGACCGCCCCGUCGACCAACAACAAGCCCCCCUCCCCCGCCGGAGCCGCCCUCAUCCUGAGCAAACCCCCCUCCCCCUGCGCCCCAGGUCCCAGCAAUCAGAGUCGUCAUCAUUUGGAGUACAGAGCCAUCAUGCAGGAGAUGUCGCCUACAGCGUUUGGUCUGACGGACUGGGAGGACGAUGAGAUCCUGGCGUCGGUGCUGGCCGUCUCUCAGCAGGAGUACCUGGACAGCAUGAAACACCAGAGCGCCGCCAUGCAUCGAGAGAGGGAGCCGUCACCCGACAGCAGCUGAUAGCCGCAGACACACAACAACACACGCACACGCACACACACACAACGAUGACCUUUGACCUCCCCUCGCCACCUCCUGCCCUGCCCUCCAUCCCGACCCCCCCCCCCUCUGACCCGCAGAAGGAGCUCGACCAGGGAAAAAAUAAAACAUCAAACAAAGAAAUGCACACUUGUUUUUUUCUCCAGACGUUUCAGCUCACCCGCUCAUCGCUCUCGCCAUGCUGUCGUCUCCUCUUCCUCCCUCCCUCUCCGUCUCACACCUCCUUCCUGCCAAUAGCGAUCCAGCAUUACCCCCGGUUACCGCUCAGAUGGAGCUCGGUCUUAAUGCUGAUUUGAGUUAAUUUCCUGACAUUUAAACAUCGUAUUGGGCAGCUUUCAGCAGGCAACACUGAUGAACUUCAUCAGUUUCAGUUUUAACGUUUUCUGUUUACGUGUCGUCAGUCAAAACCAGAUUGAUUAUUUGAUUUGUAGCAGGUUAUUAGCCCUGCGGCUAUCGGGGCCAUUGGUUUCAAUGAGGAAUGCUAAUCAGAAUUGAAAAAGACUACCAGUCUGUAUCAGUGUCCUGUAGGCUAUUAGCAUGCUCUUUAGCGAGCAAGCUAUCACCUGAAGUCUUACUAUGUUUUAAAGCUAGUUCCUUGUAACACUGCUAACAAGCUGCAUUACAGUUAGCUUAGCUGUCAAUAGCAAAAUCGUUUCCCCCUCAUUCUUACUCCUCCGCCAUUUUGUUUGAGAAAUGUUAGUCCCAUGCUAAUCAGAACUCAAAAGACGACCAUGCUAAAGGUGCUGUAUAUCAGUGUCCCCGUUAGCAUGCUAUUUAGCAAGCAAGCUAUCACCUGAAGCCUUAUUAUGUUUUAAAGCGAGCUCCUGCGGUUUCCAGGAUGCUAACGCCGCUAACAGCUGCAUUACAGUUAGCUUAGCGGCCAACUGCGAAAUCAUGUCCCCCCGUCAUGUUCGGCCAUUUUGUGUCGACCAACACACAUUUCCAUCAUCACCUGAGAAAUAAAAGGCCUCUUCGACAGCCAGCAACGACUCCACGGUCUGUAACUCCUCCUCUCUCUCUCUCUCCUCUUUGUCUCCAUCCUCCUCCUCCUCCUCCUCCUCCUCUUCCUCACCACCAUCACCUCCAUCAUCAUCAUCAUCGGACUUAUUUAGCUGCAUGUUUAAUUGACCACGACCAAUAUCAUCAUAGAGAAAAAAAACGACAAAUAAAAAAAAAAGGAGAGAAAAAAA